AACUAAUGAUACUAACACUUGAACAGAUCUUAUCCUCUCUGAUACUACUUGGAGUGAUACUACUUAGUGCUUAAUAAAUGAAUCUAGUUUACUCAGUUGCAUCAAUUUCCCCUUCUCCCGAAUGCUCCAUGCGAUAUCCCCACCAUGACACCGGCGCGGGGCACUAGACGCAAGAAGAAUUCUGAUCCUUUCUUCGACAAUCCACUAGUUGAUACCACCUCGAGCGGCACCGAUGUAUCGCCCUCAACCCGUCAAUCGGGUCGGUCGAUGGGCCAGAUAGACCCCAGCGUGUCGUCCCCGGACGACGAUUCCGAUUCAUGCCUGACUCAUUUAAUCCUAACCCCUCUCUACUUCACCUCCUUCCUCCUCUCCCUUCUCCUCGUCGACCGCCGUGACCGGGAGUACCGCGUCUCCGAGCACUCUACGCCGUCAACUCCGCACGCAUGGCAUUCACGGUGGGAUCCGGAGCCAUACCAGCAGCCCGGCGAUUCCACCUGGCAAUCGUCGCAUUCCAGGCCAAAUAUCGGCCCAGGCGGGAAGGUAUCCGGUCGUGAUCAUGAGCACAGGCGCCUUGGCAAGAUUCAAACUGGAAGAUGGUACGUUCGCGAGAUGCACCGGAAGGUCAUGCGGAUGGAGGUCACGGAGGCGUUCGAAAUGAGAGGAGAGGUAAUGGUCGCGCUGGUGGUUGGGAUGGUUGUCUUGAUGGGGAUCGUCGGUUGGAUCGUAUGGAAACUUUGGAGACGAUGGCUAGCUCCAUGGUGAGAUGCAGGAAUUUGUUUGGUAAUGAUAAUGAGGAAUGAGCAAGGAAAAUGCUUGGGAGAGGUCUUGCCGAAGCAAGUGGGGGAACUGCGACACUGUGGUCGUGGACUAAUUAUAGGGAGCAAUGAACUUGAUAUAACACGAAACGAGUAGAGUUCACAGUACAAACAUGACAAGUAGAAUCGUAGCAAGCAAGCCAUAUCAUUGAAU